AAACAAUACACUGGUUGAAUUGGAUCUCCUCGCUUUCUCCGUUAAUCUCUUUGAUUGUCCCUACAAAGCACUUGUUUACUUAAUUUUUUCCAACUUUCUCCAGUUUCACCUCUUGAACCCUGACACCCGUCUUCUUUCUUCAAAUUCCUCACCAAAAAUUCCCUUCUUUAUAUCUCCAUCCAUCUUGUACCGUCAUCCCACAGCCACCGUAUUCCAAGCCAUGGCUCUUCAUUCUUCUUUUUGCUUCACUGCUGGCGUUUCUUCUUACUCUCACAGCUCACUUAAGUUCACUCACUCAACGGUUAAAGCUUCGUCUUCCUCCCUCGUUUCGCUUCCUCGACUGAAUGCCCGUGUCAAAGCAUUUUCUGGUGGAGUACCUGAAACUAAAGAAUCUCCCCUUAUUGUUUGUUUUGGGGAAAUGCUGAUUGAUUUUGUCCCAACUAUUAAUGGGCUUUCACUGGCUGAGUCACCAGCUUUCAAGAAAGCUCCUGGUGGUGCACCUGCCAAUGUUGCUGUUGGCAUAGCUCGUCUUGGUGGAUCAUCAGCUUUUAUUGGGAAGGUUGGUGAAGAUGAAUUUGGUUACAUGCUUGCUGAUAUAUUAAAGGAGAACAAUGUGAAUAGUGAUGGUAUGCGUUUUGAUCCUGGUGCACGAACAGCUCUGGCAUUUGUUACUCUGAGGAGUGAUGGGGAACGUGAGUUCAUGUUUUAUCGUAAUCCCAGUGCAGAUAUGUUGCUUCAAGAAGCUGAACUCGAUUUAGAUUUGAUUAGGAAGGCAAAGAUUUUUCAUUAUGGUUCAAUAAGUUUGAUUACAGAACCAUGCAAGUCAGCUCAUAUUGCUGCAGCAAAAGCUGCAAAGGAUGCUGGUGUGGUCGUAUCUUAUGACCCCAACCUAAGGCUUCCAUUGUGGGCAUCUGCUGACAAAGCAAGAGAAGGAAUUCUUAGCAUUUGGGAGACUGCUGAUAUUAUCAAGAUAAGUGAAGAGGAAGUUACUUUUCUAACCCAAGGUGAAGAUCCAUACGACGAUGCUGUUGUUCGAAAAUUAUACCAUCCAAAUCUUAAAUUGCUCCUUGUCACUGAGGGUCCAGAUGGUUGCAGGUAUUACACCAAGGAUUUCUGUGGAAGAGUCAAGGGUUUAAAGGCAGAUGCUGUCGACACAACUGGUGCUGGAGAUGCCUUUGUAGCUGGAAUAUUAUCACAACUUGCUGCUGAUCUCUCAUUGCUUGAGAAAGAAGACCAGCUGAGAUCUGCUCUGAGGUUUGCUAAUGCCUGUGGUGCUCUGACUGUGUUGGAGAGAGGUGCGAUUCCAGCAUUGCCGACUAGAGAAGCUGUGCUGAAUGCCCUUCAAACUUCCAAAACAUAAAAUCUUGUCUUUCAGUCUCUGUAAAACUAGCUACCAACUCGAGGUUGCGUCAAUUGUUUCAGCCUGGCAUAUCGCUGUUGUUUUCAUAGGAACCUAUUUACUUGAUCAAAUAAGUUAUAUGUAUCCAACCCCUUCAUAUUGUUUUUAACCUCAUCAUUAUUUUCUACACAUUCAAAAAAUAAUAACUAUAAUUAGCUUGUAAUACAGGCAAUUUUUUUCA